AUGAUCCAGUGGAUUUUUUCUCCCAUAAUAAUUAUUUCAUUUCUGUAUUCUCUUCCAGCUGUAGGUCCAGAUUUUUCAAGAACCCUCUUAAAAAGGGUAACUCUUGUCAAAGUGGGAGGUGAAGUUGUCAUCGAGUGUAAGCCAAAGGCUUCUCCGAAACCAACCUACACCUGGAAGAAAGGAAGGGACGUAUUAAAAGAAAAUGAAAGAAUUACCAUUUCUGAAGAUGGAAGCCUCAGAAUCAUCAAUGUGACUAAAUCAGAUGCUGGAAGUUACACCUGCAUAGCCACUAACCAUUUUGGAACUGCGAGCAGUACUGGAAACCUUGUGGUGAAAGAUCCAACAAAGGUAAUGGUACCUCCUUCUAGUAUGGAUGUCACUGUUGGAGAAAGUAUUGUUCUGCCAUGCCAGGUAACACACGAUCACUCACUCAACAUCAUAUUCACUUGGUCAUUUAAUGGACGCCUGAUAGACUUUGACCGAGAUGGGGACCACUUUGAAAGAGUUGGAGGGCAGGAUUCAGCUGGUGAUUUGAUGAUCCGAAACAUCCAGCUGAAGCAUGCUGGGAAAUAUGUCUGCAUGGUCCAAACAAGUGUCGACAGGCUGUCUGCCGCUGCCGACCUGAUCGUGAGAGGUCCUCCAGGGCCCCCAGAGGCCGUGACUAUAGAUGAAAUUACAGACACCACGGCUCAGCUCUCCUGGAGACCUGGGCCUGACAACCACAGCCCCAUCACCAUGUAUGUCAUUCAAGCCAGGACUCCAUUCUCCGUGGGCUGGCAAGCAGUCAACACAGUCCCAGAACUCAUUGAUGGGAAGACAUUCACAGCCACUGUGGUGGGUCUGAACCCCUGGGUCGAGUAUGAAUUCCGCACAGUUGCAGCCAACGUGAUUGGGAUUGGGGAGCCCAGCCGGCCCUCGGAGAAGCGGAGAACAGAAGAGGCCCUCCCCGAAGUCACCCCAGCUAACGUCAGUGGUGGUGGAGGCAGCAAAUCUGAACUGGUUAUAACGUGGGAGACGGUCCCUGAGGAGUUACAGAACGGCAGGGGCUUUGGUUACGUGGUGGCCUUCCGACCCUACGGCAAAAUGAUCUGGAUGCUGACGGUGCUGGCCUCCGCUGACGCCUCCAGAUACGUGUUCAGGAAUGAGAGCGUGCGGCCCUUCUCUCCUUUUGAGGUUAAAGUGGGUGUCUUCAACAAUAAAGGAGAGGGCCCUUUCAGUCCCACCACGGUGGUAUACUCUGCAGAAGAAGAACCCACCAAACCACCAGCCAGCAUCUUUGCCAGAAGUCUUUCUGCAACAGACAUUGAAGUUUUCUGGGCCUCCCCCAUGGAGAAGAAUAGAGGUCGGAUACAAGGGUAUGAGGUUAAAUAUUGGAGACAUGAUGACAAAGAAGAAAAUGCUCGAAAAAUACGAACAAUAGGAAAUCAGACGUCAACAAAAAUCACCAACUUAAAAGGCAGUGCCCUGUAUCAUUUAGCUGUCAAGGCAUAUAAUUCUGCUGGGACAGGCCCCUCCAGUGCGACGGUCAAUGUGACAACCAGAAAGCCGCCGCCAAGUCAACCCCCUGGAAACAUCAUAUGGAAUUCAUCGGACUCCAAAAUUAUCCUCAAUUGGGAUCAAGUGAAGGCCCUGGAUAAUGAGUCAGAAGUAAAAGGAUACAAAGUCCUGUACAGAUGGAGCCGACAGAGUAGCACAUCUGUCAUUGAAACAAACAAAACGUCGGUGGAGCUUUCUUUGCCUUUUGAUGAAGAUUAUAUAAUAGAAAUUAAGCCAUUCAGUGAUGGAGGAGAUGGCAGCAGCAGUGAACAGAUUCGAAUUCCAAAGAUAUCAAAUGCCUAUGCAAGAGGAGCCGGGCCGUCCACUUCAAAUGCAUGCACGCUGUCGGCCAUCAGCACCAUCAUGAUCUCCCUCACAGCAAGGUCCAGUUUAUGACAACAGUUCUCCGGAGGACUUUCUCUUUAUAAUAUAAGCAACAUUUAGCUAGUUGUUUUGAAGACACCCAGUACUAAGUAAUAUUGUUGUUCAAGUACAUCUUAUUACUGGAAAAAAAAAUGUUUUUUGCUUCUUUAGGAAUGGCAUUCUACAGUACUUCCUCAAAGCAAAUCUAGCUUUGUCUGAAGUUUCUUUGGAAACUCUGCAAUGCACUGAAGACAUCUGUAAUAUGAUGUUACCAAAGCAGUUUACAUAUGUCCUUAUAUGCAUAUUUUUUAUUAUAUAUUUAGUGUUUUAUAGGAUUUUUUAAAGUUAACAUGAGAUGUAGAUAUUAAUUUUUUCCUCUGCUGUAAAAUGCUAUGGGCAACACAAUCAUAUGAUUAUUAUUUGAAAAUAUUUCCUUUACAGACAGAGUUGGAAACUCACCUUGGUCAAUACAUUGCAGAUUCCUUGUACAGUUCUACAAGGGUCUAGAGGCAGCACAGCUGAAGGAUAAGUCUGUAACUCAAGGCUGCCGUGUAGGAAUGACCCAUGGGAUGACUGACGCACUCAAUCAAGUCAUUUAGCCAUUGUACAAUAUGUUUUCCAGCCCUGUUGUGAAUUUUGUUGUUCCACACAACUUGAGAUGAUUUCAGGAAUGGCCGCAAUCUCAAAACCUAAACUAACUGCCCGAGAGGCACCUUGUGCCGUACUCCCACCCCUGAAUUUAGCAUCGUACGGUAAGCCUUUCUUUUCCCUCGACUAAGUUAGCCUUGUCUUUGUAGUAGCAUUAUCUUAGCCAUGACACUGGAAGUUACAUAUCCUGUAGUAACAUAGACCAAAAGUUACUAUAGUCAACCACGUCUUUCAAAGGAUAAAGAAUAAUUUUACUAUCUUUAAAUGUAUCUGUUUUGAAUGUACAUUUAACAAAGAAAAGAGUAAUUCUCUGUGGAUGGAUUCAUAACUUCUUUACAAAAUCUCUUAUAGAUAAUAUGUGUAUCUCUUUAAUGAUAGAGCCCUGCUUUUAAAUCAGAAUUAUGUAAGGAGUCUGGCAGAUUUCUCCUAUUUCAGCAAAUAGUUGCCACAAAUAAUUUUUUUCAUGACUCUGUAAGAGAUCUUUAGUAAAACUGUAUGGUAUCUCGAUGAGUCUCCUGUUUUGCAGUAGGUAGCCUUGUUGCUUUAUAAGCUUUAUCUUCUACGUCUUAAAAUCAUGCAUUGGAAAAUGACAAUAUCAACAAAACCGUAUUCUUAUGAAAAGAACUAUUUGUUAUAACGGGGGAGGUUUUGUAAGUUGACACUAGUGGAACAGUGCAAAUAAAAUGCAAUGAAAUUUUCUAUAAAAAUUUUCACUUGUAAACACGCUGCACCUUUUCUUCUUUCUCAGAGAGCUCAAAUUUGCUUGUAAUUUGUCAUUUUUGCUUACAAAGAGUAUAAGUUAACUUUUCAACCUUCUAGCUAUAUUUAUCCAAUAAAGUCAUAAUCAGGAUUCCACUUGUGUAAAAACUAGGGUGGUAACUGGGAAAAAAUAUAUUGUCAGUAUUUCAAGCUGUGUUCCUUUCUUAGUUUGAUAUGGUUACUUCUAUGUUGAAAUAAGACAAAAUUUAAAAUCACACACACACAAAAAAAAAUCAACAAAAUAAUAAAAUGAAUGAAAAAAAAAAAUAACACCCCAGGUAGUUCCCAACCCCAGUGUUAAUGAUAUUUACCAGUGAUCUAGCAUAUGUAAUCUUUUUUUAAAGGUAUUGUUAAUAAAUAUUCUGUCAUUUGUAAAGAUA